AUGAUUCAAGAUGUAUCUCCAUUUGUACAGACUAUAUUGGGUACUGGUUUAACAUGGUUUGUAACUGCUCUUGGCUCUGUAUUCUGUUUCAUCAUUUCUAGUCAUUCUGUCCAUUUACAGAAUCAGAUUCUCGAUGGGUGUCUAGGUUUUUCGGCUGGGAUUAUGUUGGCGGCGUCAUUUUGGUCACUUUUGGACCCAGCUCUGGAAAUGGCCAAAAAUGACCUGGGCCUGGGUGCAUAUGCUAUCGUACCAGUAAUAUCAGGAUUGUUUUUCGGUGCAAUAUUUGUUGGGAUGGUAGAAUACUUCUUGCCUGCUCAGUGGUUCGAACCUGCACUUGAUGUAGCUAUUGAUUCUUCAUACAUGCAGCGUAAAGUGAAUUCUAUGGAAUUAUUAAAUGAAUCGCACAAAACUACUGACAGUUUGAUGAAUAAGUAUACUGAAUCUGAUGUCAGAUUACGUCGCGGGGAUACUUCACAGAAUGGAUCUUACGAGUCACCUGAAUCCCUAGAAGAUGGAGACAACAGAAAACAGCCGAAAAGAAUGUUAAUGACACGGCGUUUGUGGUUGCUGCUAAUAGCAAUUACUGUGCAUAAUAUACCAGAGGGGUUGGCAGUUGGUAUUGCUUUUGGUGGAGUUGGUCAAUAUCCACAUGCUACUUUUUCACAUGCCAGUAAUCUUGCAAUUGGGAUAGCCAUUCAAAACUUCCCUGAGGGUUUAGCUGUCAGCUUACCUUUGUAUUCUGCUGGUUAUGGAUUUCUCAAAAGCUUUUGGUAUGGACAAUUGUCUGGACUAGUCGAACCUUGUGCGGGACUUAUUGGUUGUUUAGCUGUACACUUUUUCCGCAAACUUCAACCUUAUGCUCUGGGUUUUGCUGCUGGUGCAAUGGUAUUUGUAGUAUUUGAUGAUGUUAUGCCUGAAUCUCAUUCUAGGGGGCAUGGUCGUCUGUCGUCUAUUAUGGGUUUGAUUGGUUUCGCUAUCAUGAUGUGUUUGGAAGUUAUCACGGAAUCAAACUGA